CUCUUUCCUGGAUCCCACUUAGGUUGGCUGGGGUCGGGUUCAUAUAUAAGGCGUUCCCCUGCGAAAUUACCUGGUUGUUCUGUUUCCUUUAAUACCCUAGCUACUGGCUACUGUUCUGAAGAAGAAGAAGAAGAGGCAGCAAUGGGGGGAGGCAACGGUCAGAAGUCCAAGACGGCCCGUGAGAGGAACAUGGAGAAGCAAAAAGCUGCCAAAGGAAGUCAGCUUGAAUCGAACAAGAAGGCCAUGACGAUCCAGUGCAAGGUUUGCAUGCAGACGUUCAUUUGCACCACAUCAGAGGUGAAGUGUAGGGAACACGCAGAAGCAAAGCACCCCAAAUCUGAUGUUUCUGCGUGUUUCCCUCAUCUUAAGAAAUGAAAUACUUGUAGACAUGGGUGCAAAGCUUCAUCUCUUAUAGCUUAUUGUUGUUUGAAGAUUAUGCAAAAGAAAUCACUGCAGACUUGUGGGAGUUCAAAUCAAGAAGAAAAGGAGAAGCCACAAAACUAAAUCCCCAAAACAUGAAGCUUUGCAUCCAUUUUCCUUGUAAUGUUGUCGGUGCUUUUGCCAUAAUGUCCUAUUUUAACCUUUACAUUACUUUUUUUUUUUUGGAACCUUUACAUUACUUGUAUUUGUGGUCGUUGAAUUGAAACACGUAUAUUGGUUCUGUUUUA